AUGGCAAGAGUCACUGGAAUCAGCGACAAAGUGGCAGUCGAUGCCUUGUGGAAAACUCUCUGGUACAUGUCGAAACUCCGGCAAUGGAUAUCCCUUGAACAACCGAGAACAAUACAGGACGCUCUUCACAAGGCAACGGACUUCAUCAUGAUGGAAGAAGAGAUGAAAGUCCUUUCCAAGAAGUACAACCCGCAGAAGACGUCCGCGAGAAGGAAAAACCCUCGCAACGACAGGUAUGUCCACCACGAGCAUAAUUACGCUAUCAACUCCUACUGCGAGUUCCACCAGACCAGAGGUCAUUCCACUAUGAACUGCAAGGUUCUCGGCGCAAGGCUUGGUGCGAAGCUCCUCGCCGGCGAAAUUUCGAAGUCGGGCGAGAAACGCGGCAGGAGGCAGGAUGACCGAGGGAACAACAGCAACCGUCGAAGGGUGAGCAUGAUCAUCGGGGGAUCGCAAUUCUAUCGCGAUUCGAUCUCGUCGAUCAAAGAUUAUGGAUGGAAGGCUGAGACGAGUUCAAGCUUGCUGGCUCGGUCCCCAACUGACGACGCCCCUAACGAUACGAUCGUCUUCGAAGAGCGGGAAACCAUCAGAAUCGACAUACCUCACUGCGACCCAUUGGUUAUCGAUCUGGUAAUCCGAGACCUGGAAGUGGGAAGGAUCCUUAUCGAUACGGGAAGCACAGUCAACGUCAUCUUCCGCGAUACCCUCCGGAGGAUGAACAUUGAACUCGGAGAAGUCGUCCCAGAACCAAAACCUCUUACCGGUUUCUCAGGUGCAACGUCAAUGACCCUCGGAUCAAUCAAACUCCCAGUGAUGGUAAAGAGGUGA